AUGUUGGUGAGGAGCCUAGAAGAUGUCACAGCAUGGCUCACAGUGGGGCUCUCCUCAGCGUCACAAUGGACUCCGAAUGGCCUCUUGUACACAUUGGUCUCCCUGUACCAAGCCUCCUCUCCGGAGGAGGAGAAACACCUCACUGUACUGGUCCACCUGGCAGAUUCUGACCUCCUCUGGCUCAAAGAAACCAUUGCCCAAAUUUCAAGACUCUUCAGUCCACAGAUCUUGGCCGGGCAGUUGCUACUGAUCCACGCUCCAUCUGAUGUCUAUCCCUCUGUGAAUGGCACCCGGAAUGAGGCCAGUCGAGAGGAACUGUACUCCAAGCAGAACGUGGAUCAUGCCUUCCUCGUGAGCUUUGCCACAAAUCUCUCUACUUACUUCCUGUUAAUCGAGGACAAUGUCUUUUGUUCCCCCAACUUUGUCACCCAAAUCCAUUCACAGGUGGCCACCAUGAAGUCCAGUCCGUGGGUGAUCCUGGAGUUCUCGGACAUAGGUUUCCUUGGCAAACUCUUCCACAGCAAGGACCUCCCACUGCUGGCCCAUUUCCUGCUCCUCUUCCACCAGGAGAAGCCCCUUGACAAACUGCUCCUUCAUUUCCGCACCCUUAUGGUCCAGGAGAAAUCAAUCAUCUGCAGACCAUUUCUUUUCUAUUACAGGAUGUCCCACCCCACCUUUGAUGACAACCAAAAGGCCACACUCGAUCGGGAAACCGACCCUUUUGGUCCCGACAACCCCCCUGCUGCCGUGUUCACAGAUAUGACAGUUUCUAAUGUCCACUUCCCCUGGGAGGCCUACACUCUGGAUGAGUCCUACUUCUGGACGCACGAUGUUAAUGCAGGGGACCACUUGACCGUGAUCUUGAACCAUCCAUCGAACUUGACCAAAGUGCAGGUGAUGACAGGCUCCAUCAUGGAGGGAAAGUAUGCCCUGAGGAAGGGGCAGGUGGAGCUGGGCUACGACCCCGAGGGGAUGCCUCAGUACUGUGCCUCAUUUUUCGUGCUGGGCCAUCUGGUGGAGGGGCAGCUGUCUCAGGAGAUAGUUCCAAAAAGCAUGGGACACCAAGUGAACUGUGUGAGGCUGGUGGCCAAAGCCAAACAGGAUGGGGGCCUCAUGAUCAGGCACAUCUACCUCUGGGAAGAAAAGGCCAAGAAGGAAAAGCUCAUCAGAGACGGCGGUACAUCAUUAAAAGUAUGA